AUGCUAGUAGUAUAUAAAUGCAUACGUACGCACAUUUACAGUUUUGAAAUUGCAUUCAUGUUAGAAAACCGUAUGAAAAAUCGUUACUAUUCAAAAUUACUUGUGGCGUAAAUACAUUUAAAUAUUCUUCUUAAUUAAUUUUAUCAAAAGAAUUUACAAUGCGCGUACAUCUACAAAAGAUAAUACUUUAUAAUUUUAAAUCAUUUUGCGGCGAAGUAAUUAUUGGUCCAUUUCAGCCUUUCACUACGAUUAUAGGACCAAAUGGUGCCGGAAAAUCUAAUAUCAUGGAUGCAAUUAGUUUCGUGAUGGGAGAGAAAAUUAGUAGUUUACGUGUUCGUCGAUUAAACGAUCUUAUUUCGAAAAAAUCUGAUGGGACGUUAAUGACACAUAGUGCACAUGUAACAGUUAUAUUUGAAAUAGAAGGUAGAAGUAAAGAAUUUACCCGUGGUAUUCAUAAUUCUUCCAAUGUAUAUAAAAUAAAUAAGCAGGUUGUUAAAGUUGAAUUUUAUAAACACAAACUUGCUUCGCUUGGGCUUAAUAUAAAAAGUAAAAAUUUCUUAGUAUUUCAAGGAAACAUUGAAGCGAUGUGCAUAACAAGUCCUAAAGAAAUUUCUAUUAUGUUUGAUGAAAUUAGCAAGUCUGCUGAGCUAAAAUCAGAAUACGAAAGAUUAAAAAACAAAAUGCAUGAGAUUGAUUUAGAUCUUCGUCAUAUAAUUCAAAAGAAAAAGUGUCUCUUAACUGAAAAGAAACGUCUUUUAAUACAACAACAGGAAGCAGAGGAAUAUAAUCUAUUACAAGAGGAAUAUCAUGAUAAAAAAACAGAGUUACAAUUAUUCAGAUUGUUUCAUAUAAGAAGAGAACUUGAUGAUUUAAAAUUACUUUGGAAUGACAAUAUAUCCAAAAUGAAUAAAUAUGAGGAUGAGAAAAAAAGUGCAGAAAUUAUAUUGGAACAGAAAAAGAAAAAAUAUUUCGAAGUAAUAAAUCAAGAAACAAUGAUGGAAAAUAAUUUGAUAACAAUAGAUCUACAACAGACUCAUCAAACUACGCAAUUGGUUGCCGCAAAGGAAAAAAUUUCUCAUUUACAACAAAAGAUUCCAUUUAUUCGUACAUCUUUAACUAAAGCACAUCUUGCAGAUGAAGUCCAUAAUAAAACUAUGAAAGAUUUAGAAAAGGAAUUGACUAAAAUAGAGGUAUUAAAAAUGAAUUUAACACAAAGUGUUUCGAGUGAACUUGAAUCACAAGGAAGCAACAUGGAACUGGACAAUGCACAAGUGAAAGAAUAUUACCUUUUAAAAGGUACAGUGCAACGAGAGUGCGUAAAAUUUACAAAAAAUCUAAAUGUUCUUAGACAUGACCAAGAGAACGAUCAAAAUAAACUUGAUAAUGAAAAACGGAAAAAAAUUGAAGUAGAAGAUAAAAAGAAAAAAUUACAAUUUAUGUUAAAGGAAACAGAAAAGCGACUGGAACGAUUAGAACAGUAUGUAAUAAAAACUGAAGUUACUUUAACAGAUCAAAAAAAUAUGGAACAUAAUCUUGAAACUGACAUAACACAAAAUAAGAUUGCAAUAGAGGAAAUGGAAGUGGAACUUGAUAAAAUUACAAAUAAACUAAACGACAUUACAAUAGAUAAAUUCGCAGUUUCAAGAGAAUACCAAAAAUUAAAUACAAUUACAAUUUUAAAAGAUCUAUUCCCAGAAGUGUAUGGCCGCUUAUUUACCUUAUGUAAACCAAUUCAUGAACGAUAUAACAUUGCUGUAACCAAAGUACUUUGGAAAUACAAAGAUGCAAUCAUUGUCAAAACAGAAAAAGUGGCAAAGCAAUGCAUUGAAUAUUUAAAACGACAACAAAUAAGUGUGGAAACAUUUUUACCCCUUGAUUCGUUAAAGAUUCAACCAUUUAAUGAUCAACUAAAGAACAAUUUAAGUGAUAUGAUAUAUCCAAAAACUGUGCAGUUCUUGUAUGAUGUAAUUGAAUACUUUCCUAAAGAAAUUUCUAACGCUAUCUCAUUUGUGAGCAAAAAUACUCUUUUAUGCGAGACAUCAGAAGAUGCUCGAAAAGUUGCAUAUGAAAAUCAUUUGAAUGACAGAUAUACGUGUGUUGCACUUGAUGGAAGUUAUUACCAGAAAUCAGGUAUCAUCUCUGGAGGGUCUUUUGACUUAUCAGCCAAAUCUGCAAUAUGGAAAGAUAAGCAAAUACAAGAAAUGAAAUUACGAAAGGUAGCGUUAAUAGAAAAAAUUAAGAAGGCUUCAAAAUGUAUUAGAAAACAAUCUGAACUAAAUACAAUGAACUCCGAAAUUUUAAGUCUCACCAACAAAUUAAAAUACAGUCGUAUCGAUGUAGACAAUAUUAAAAAACAAAUAGUUGAUUUUAAGCAGGAAAUUGAAAAUAUAGAUCAUCAACUAAUAUCAAUAUUCAAAAAUAUAGAAUCAAUUGAGAAAAUUAUAAAUAAAAGAUAUAAUAAAAUUCAGGAUAUUGAAAAUCAAAUAUGCAAUGUGGAAGAUAGAAUUUUUUCUGUUUUUUGUAGAAAUAUUAAUAUUGCCAAUAUUCGUAUAUAUGAAAAAGGCAGACUGAGAAUAUAUGGGGAACAAAAAAAAAGAGAGUGUGAAUUAGAAAACCAAUAUAAUUGUAUAAAAAAUGCAUUAGAUUUUGAAAAACAUUAUAAUACAAAAGAUGAAAUAGAAAAAUAUGAAAUUGCUGUUCAAGCUGCUGAAGAGCAAUUAAAAAUAGCACUUGAAGAAGAAUCUGCGAUUACAGAUAUUGUUGAUAAACAGAAAGAUGAAUUAAAAGAAUUAAGGCAUAUCCAUACAAAUAUAAAGACAGAAGUAAUUAAAAUGAAAAAUGAAGUUGCACAAUGCAGACAUCAAAUUGGUAUUGUUGCUAAAUUAAUUUUAGAAACAAGAAGAGAACGUACAAUAAUUGAAGUAAAAAUUAAACAAAAAAAAAUAGAAAUGAAUAAUAUAUUUAAAAGUUGUCAGAUGGAAGAUAUAAUAAUUCCUAUGACACAUCAAAAUACUUUAAAUAAUUCUCCAUGGGUAUCUUCAAUAAAUACUUCAAGUUCAAAUACGGAACAAAGUGAAGAUGGUAUUUUCUCAAAGAUAAAUUUUUCAUUUCUAUUGUAUGAAUUACAAAUAAUUAAUGGGGAUCAAUUUGAUAAUGUUAAAACUCAACUAUUAAAAAAUAUUAGUACGAUACAAAAUAAAUUGGAUUCAAUAUCAGCACCAAAUUUAAAGGCAGCUGAAAACUUGGAAUUAAUAUGUAAAAAAUUAGAUGCAAUCAAUAAGACUCUAAAAGAUACACGCAAUACUGCUCAUAUUGCAAGAAACAAAUUUACAAGAGUCAAAGAAGAAAGAAUUAGCAGAUUCAUGAAAUGCUUUGACUAUCUUACUUUUCAUAUAGAUUACAUUUAUAAAUAUUUACUUAAUAAUAUGUCUGCUCAAGCUACUCUUGUUCCAUAUAAUCCAGAAGAACCGUAUUUAGAUGAUAUAAAUUACAGUUGCAUUGUACCAGGAAAACGUUUUCAUUUUUUAUCAAGUCUUUCAGGGGGUGAGCAAGUACUUGCUAUUCUAACUUUAUUAUUUGCAAUACACAGAUAUGAAGCUGCACCAUUUAUUAUCUUGGAUGAAAUAGAUGCAGCAUUAGAUAAAAUUAAUAUAGUAAAUGUUGUUAAUUUUAUUCGAUCCAAUCUUGAUUUAAUGCAUUUCAUAACAAUAUCUUUAAAAAAAGAAUUAUUUGUUAACGCUGAUGGUUUUAUUGGAGUCACUGCCAGACAAGAACAAGAGUUAGUAGAAAGCAGUGUAUUCCUGUUAUCAUUUGAAUCGUAUGGGUCAAAACCAAAUAAUUAAAUGAUACAACUCAAUACUUUUACGAUCAUCGUAAUAAACUAAAGAGAUUAUUGCACGAACAAUAAGUGAGGUAAAAUUAGUCUUUUUGUUUUUUGUGAUUCAACAUC